AUGCCUUUUUUUCAGUUGGUAGUUCUUGUCUGUGCCUUUGCCGCCGCCCAGGCUGGAGUUCUCGCUCCUGUAGCUUACACUGCCCAUCCGGCCCCAGUGGCCUAUGCUGCUGCUCCAGUAGUCCACGCAGCCCCAGCCCAACUUCUGCACGCCGCCCCAGUUGCUAAAGUCGUUGAAGAAUACGAUGCACACCCACAAUACAGUUUUGCCUACGAUGUUCAAGACGGUUUGACCGGUGACUCCAAGAGCCAACACGAGACUCGUGAUGGUGAUGUUGUCCAAGGAUCUUACUCCGUUGUCGACCCUGAUGGCACCAAGCGCACUGUUGAAUACACAGCUGAUCCUCACAACGGAUUCAAUGCUGUUGUUCACAAGGAACCCCUUGGUGUGAAAGCUGUUGCUCCAGUCGCUAAGGUUGCCCCACUAGCGUACGCAGCUGCCCCAGUAGUCCAUGGCGCACCUAUUGUUCACGCCGCCCCUCUUGCCUACUCAGCCCCUAUCUACCACCACCAGCAUACUCACUCUUGGCUUCUUAACCAACUCAUCCCUACAACAAUGGCCUUUAAGUUCGUCGUUUUCUCCUGCAUCGUGGCUUUUGCCCGUGCAAGUGCACCCGUGGCUGUUGCUGUAGGCGCAGCAGGUCCAGUAGUAGCAGCCCCGGUAGCGGCACGGCUAGAGGAAUUCGACGCCGUCCCACAAUACAGAUUUGGAUACAACGUAGCGGAUUCAUUAACUGGCGAUUACAAGAGUCAGCAGGAGCAACGUGACGGUGAUUUAGUCCAAGGAUCCUACUCCUUGGUGGACCCUGAUGGCACACGCCGCACUGUCGAUUACUCCGCUGACUCAGUGAAUGGAUUUAAUGCGGUAGUGCGAAGGGAACCUUUAGUGGCCGCUGGGCCAGCAGUAGUAGCUGAACCUGUAUUGUCCGCACGAUUUGCUGCUCCAGUUGCCGCUGCUCCAGUUGCCGCUGCUCCAGUUGCUGCCGCUCCAUUGGUUGCUGCACCAGUCGCCAGAUACACUGCACCCGUAGCAUACUCCCCUUACACGGCGCCAGUAGCCAGGCUCGCAGCUUACAGUGCUCCACUAGCAUACUCAGCUAGGCUUACUGCUUAUCCCUCACCAUUCGCGGCGCCUGUAGCAAGGCUUACAGCUGCACCUAUUGUUGCUUGAAUAACGGUUAUCUGUACGGACUGAUCUUAAUUUGGCUAAUAAAUUUUUACUUUAUAUUAUAAAAACAA